CACACUUUAAUUGUGUACAGUACAGUCGUCACAUCACGCCUCCUGUUAUCGAAGGCCUAUCGGUAGGCCGAUAGGAAAAUAAAAAAAGUUUUUUCGCGUUGUUGUACUGUCGGGAAUUUGUUUUUGCGGCAAAGCUAAAGAGAAGGCAGGGUAAACAAUUGGCGCAUCCAAUACGAGCUGGAAUCGAACGACAACGCAAGCCACGAAACACGGCCGCAACAUGGUAAAGCUGGGCAAGAAGAGGGUGGUCGAAGAGCUGACCCGCAAGAAGCUGGAAUCGGAGGGCAAGCGAAAGAACGGUGCCGCCCCAGAAAGCGAUAACGAGGAGAAGGACCAGCCGGGCUCCAACGGGGACACCAUCUCCUCGGCCUCCCAGUCGACGGCCAGCUCCGCAAAGAAGCCGCUGGCCAAGCGCAAAGCCCGGUCCACGGUGCGCUCCGGUUCCGAUGACAGCGACGACCUGCCCCUCAACGGGAACAAGGCCUCCUCCGCCGGCGUUGGAGCAUCCGCGCCCAAGAAGCGCAAGCUGGAAAAGCCCAAAGCCACCAGCCACACUUCUGCCGCCAAAAAUGGCAAGAAGGCCGCUCCAGAGGAUCUCGUGGACGAUGUCGAGCUGGCCAACAGCGAUGACGAACCGGAAGCCGAGGAGGAAUACGAGGUGGAGGCGAUCAUAGGCCACAAGACAAUGCGCGGCGCAUCGUACUUCCUGGUGCGUUGGAAAGGAUACAAUAAGGAUUCGGACACAUGGGAGCCAGAAAUCGAUCUAAACUGCGACGACUUGAUCGCUCAAUUCCGUGCUAAGAACUCAAAGCCGGACGCAAAAUCAAAAGCCAAGCCCCCCCUAAAGGUCGUGAAGAAAAGCGGAGCUGGCGUAAGAGGACGCCCGCCAGGCGGAGCAAAGAAGACUGCUACCCCAGCUGAUCCUGAAAAGGAGUGGGUUGUUGAGCGGAUCAUUGACUUUGUGGACGACGAGGAGGGCGGUCUGUACAGGAUCAGGUGGAAGGGCUUCGGCGCCAAGGAUGAUACUUGGGAGCCAGAGUCAAAUCUGUCCUGCGAGGGGUUGAUUGAGAAGUUUAAGCGCGACCUGGUCACGCAGAAGAACGUAGAUACCAAGGAGCUGCGCGAAUCACCCAAGAAGACCAAGCGACUCGUCAACGAAUACUACCCUAGGACGAAUCUUCACAAUCGCAUUGAGCGCUCAUCGAAGCGUGCUGCCGCCAAGAACCGGUGCGUUUAAUAUCUCUAUAUACAAAAUAAGUGUAUUUUACGGCGAGGACUGAGGAAAGGUGGCGGCCCCGCCCCCUCGAAAUGGUCGUCGGCGGAGGCGGCAACCUUAGAAUUUUAGUGCAUUUUGAUUCCUUUUUUCGGCGUUGGUGUAAGGACACACGCGGGCGGUGUACGUGAAGUGUUGUGCGAAAUUGACAAGGAAGGAUUGAAGGAGCAAAUGGGGCACGGACCGAAAGUUAUCGCCCCCGAAAUCCUGACAAGAAACCCAAGCAAAUACAACACAUUUAAAAAUACAAUUUACCUAGCACUUAAGUGAGGUCAGGCGCUCGAUUGCAGCACGGUAUAUAUGUAGUAUUAUAUCUGGUUGUGCUGCAUUCAACCAGCGUAGGAUAUAAGCAAUGUAAACCUAGACCUAAACACACAACUUUAACCCUUAAGCUGAAAUUUAAUAAUUUGUAACCUAAGUUUUGUCUCUUGAGUAAAUGAAGUCCUUCGCAAGUAAUUGACACAGCUGCAAAUAGCCUCUUAACUUUUCUUCCCAAUCGUCUCCAUUUGAAAUAUGUAUACAAUAGUGUACACAAAAUAAUUACAUAAUAAUUAGCAAGGAGGCGCAGCAGUCUCCAGUAUGAUGAAUAAAUGUAAACCAUGUCAAAAAUUCACUCCAA